AUGUCCUAUUACCCCGGCCAGGGCGGCUUCGGUGCUCAACAGCACAGCGGCGGAGGUUACGGUUACCCUCCAUCACACUCUCCACAACCAUACCCUCCUCAAGGCUACCCGCAAGGCCCAUAUCCUCCGUCGCAGUCACCUCAACAAUAUCCUCCUCAGGGCUACGGCCCUCCUCCGCCUCAGAAUUAUGGCCCUCCGCCCAUGUACAGUCAUCCCUCGCCACAAGUAGCUCCAUAUGGCUAUAACAAUCCUCCGCCUCCUCAGAGCGGCGGCUAUGGCGGCUAUGGAUCUCCUCCACCGCAGCCAAACGGCUAUCCAGGCCCUCGACCCGGAAUGCCUUCAUACAACCAGAGUCAGUACUCACAGGGCAACUCGGCUGGCCCUCGACCGCCUCCUACCACCCCUCAGCAGUUUGGUCAUGGUGCCCCUGCCGGCUAUCAGUUUCAAUACUCUGCUUGCACGGGAAAACGAAAGGCGUUGUUGAUCGGCAUCAACUAUUUUGGCCAAAGAGGACAACUGCGAGGCUGCAUCAACGAUGUCAAAAACAUGUCGACCUAUCUGAACCAGAAUUUCGGCUAUGCCAGGGAGGACAUGGUGAUCUUGACGGAUGACCAACAGAACCCAAUGUCGCAACCAACCAAAGCUAAUAUACUCCGGGCAAUGCAUUGGUUGGUCAAGGACGCUCGCCCCAACGAUUCAUUGUUCUUCCACUACAGCGGCCACGGUGGACAGACGCCGGAUCUUGAUGGAGAUGAAGAAGAUGGCUAUGACGAAGUAAUUUACCCGGUCGAUUUCCGAACCGCCGGACACAUUGUGGAUGACGAGAUGCAUCGCAUCCUGGUCAAAUCGCUCCCUCCUGGAGUCAGGCUCACGGCAAUCUUCGACUCGUGUCACUCCGGUUCUGCCCUGGACUUGCCGUAUAUCUACUCGACCCAGGGCAUCCUCAAAGAACCCAACUUGGCCAAAGAAGCAGGCCAAGGGCUGCUAUCUAUUGUGUCAUCUUACGCUCGAGGAGAUUUGGGCGGCAUGGCUUCGACGGCUAUGGGGCUGUUCAAAAAGGCUACUACUGGCAACUCGACAUACGAGCGCAACAAGCAGACCAAGACCAGUCCCGCUGAUGUGAUCAUGUGGUCUGGUAGCAAAGACGAACAGACCAGUCAAGAUGCGCAAAUCAACGGAGAAGCUACCGGGGCAAUGAGCUGGGCGUUUGUGACCGCCUUGAAAAAGAAUCCCCACCAAAGCUACGUGCAGCUGUUGAACAGCAUUCGAGACGAGUUGGCCUCAAAGUAUACUCAGAAGCCGCAAUUGAGCUGCUCACAUCCUUUGAAUACCGAUUUGUUAUAUGUCAUGUAG